GCGGACGGUUAGUAGGUUGUAUUUUACCGGUACGGGAGUCGCGUCGAUCCCCACUUACGUUAGCAGUCUCACGCUCGCGGGACUGACGGCGGAUGUAACGAUUUCUGGAAGUACGAGAGGAGAUGAACAAAAUAAAACGAAGCAAACUCGCGGAAAUUUGAAACAAUAAAAAACGAAAAGUGCGCGGUGCGGUGUGUUUUGUGCACGAAUAAAACUGACGUGUCGUUGGUAACAUUUACUCGAAACGCUGCUGCACCUCAUAACCAGGGUGACAUGCAGGGCGCCGGUCCAGAGGAAUCGGACUUGAACUUGUUCGUACCACUCGAAGCGGGUCUACCGUUUAACCCCCCGCAAAGAGAGUGAACGAACCGCAAGUAUAGGGAAAUGCGUUUCUGAAGAAUUUAUGCCGCACGCACUGCAUUCACGUACCCACACCCAGGCGGGAGGACACAUGUGUGCAAUUGAAUACGGAGACGUAUCCUGCGUAUCUACGUUCGAGAGAAAUAUUUGCCGGUGAAAGUGUGCGGCAACGACAGCGGCUGCGGAGUGGCAGUCAGUCAACUCACUCGGUCAGUUCUCUCUCAGUCUCUCGUUCUCGCAGCUAUCGGUUGUGUGAAAAUAAAGUAAUCGUAAUACAAGCGAUAUAUAGUAAUAAUGACGAUAAUGUAAGAAGAGUCAAGUUGUAAAGUGAAUCGUGAAAGAGAUAUUGCAACAACGCUCUAACGGGGAGGAGGAGGAGGAGGAGGAGGAGGUGGAGGUUGCAAAGAAGGGGAGAGUGUAACAUAAAACCAUUAUUUUCACGAGUGACUAUAGUUUUUGUUGUUUACGCGCGUAGCACACUCUGCUGUUAUACGAACCCCGGAGGAAUUACCCCGGUUGUUAUAAAACGUUCCGCCGAGGAAGGAAUAUGAUAUUCGAUGCGCAGUGAGGAAAUCGCAGGGGUACAAUAACCUGCGAAGUUGCGCAUUAGACGAGUGAGGAGGGAUCUUGAUGAAAAGAAGAGAGACGAGCCAGACGAACAGCGACGAUAACGACGAUGGUGAUAACCGUCAAAGGCCGUCGCUAAAUUGUGCGCCGAGUGUGCGCGCGUGUGUGUUUUGUGCUUACGUGCGUGUGUGCGAAUGUUUGGCGGGUUGGUAAGAGAGUACAAAAAAUAAAUAAGUUAGAGAAGAAGAAAUUAAUUGACAAAGAAAGGCGAAAGAAAAGUCGAGCGAAACUGUAAGCUGCGUGUAACGAAUCCACUUGCGAUAACUUAGCGUGAGAAGGCGCGAUGGAGAGCAAAGUCUACAUCACGGAUAACGCCAGCCUGCAUCACCAGAACAACAAUCAUCGAAACUCGGUAAAGUUCGCCUCGUCAGCGGACUCGAUACCCUCGCUUAUCGAGCGAUCCUUCGUCCAGGCCGUCGACGACGUAGGACCGCCGCCUUUGCCACCGCCGAGGGGCGGCAGGGAGAAAAGCGAAAAUCGGGGGCGUCGUCACAGCGUUUUGGACGAUCUCAGGGCACGACGCGACAGCCUUUUUCAACGGGCGAGACGCGGCAGCCUCUUCGAGGACAGGGAGAAGAAACCUCCGCCGGGAGACGAAGUCGCCGUCGUCGUCAAGGGGGAGAAGCGACGGAGCAGCGACGACAACCGUCGAGGUUCGGUAUUCUACGUGUCCGACGAGCUUCCCGAGGAAAGUAACAAUCCGUCAACGGAGAACGACGACGCGGCUGCUAACGUCGCGGCGGAAACCGAAAUCGAGGUCGCGGAACCGGAAGCGAAGGACCAGAAGGGCCGGCGAAGGUCAUGGCAUCCCCUCGCCAAACCUCCAAAGCUCGAACGGAAGCGGAGGAAGGGCGUUACGAACGUACCGCCGCAGACCGGAAGCAGCCCCGAGGGUGUUUAUAACGUUCGGCAAAAGAGAGCAUCCUGGUGGAACAUAUUCGCCACGGAGACAAACAGCAGGUUGCGACGCAUGUCCCAGGACGUCACGCACACCAGAUCCACAGAGAAUUUGUCGACCCAAUUCAGGAGCAAAAGUCGGAGCGUCGAUCAUGGAUUUGCCGCCCCUUUUGACCUCGAAGCAUUACGCAGCAAGGUCGAAGGUCGUUUCGAGUCGGUUGAUAAACUCUCCAAAGAUUCCGACUCUGAGGGUAAGGAUGAAACUGGCUCUCAGGACAAGAAGCACAGCCGUGCCUGGCAGCAUAUCGAAACUGUACCCUACACGGUGAGCGACAGGGAUACGCUGACCUCCAUUGCUGCCAGAUUUGACACGACCCCUUCAGAGCUGACAAAAUUGAAUCGACUCGGCAGUACGUUCGUUUACCCAGGACUGCAGUUACGUGUGCCUGCCAAGGGAGAGGGACGCAACAGAACUAGCGUUGGAGCAGUUGCCUCGGACUCCCCUAGCCCUGACCCCAACUUUGAUCAUGAAUCCCACGACGAUUUGCCCCCGGAGGAAAAAGAACUUUUGGAUAACCUGCGUCCUGUGUCACCAAAACCUGGACAUAUGGAAAGAAUAAAGACUCCUGUCGGUCACACCAAUGUCACUGGGGAUGAGGAUGAACAGCCUUUCAAGGAACGCUUUCUUAGGAUCAAUGUCCGCCACAUAACUGAUGGACAGGGGGUGGUGGGAGGUGUGCUGUUGGUUACUCCCAACGCUGUCAUGUUCGAUCCGAAUGUGUCAGACCCGCUAGUAAUUGAACACAGCGCCGAAUCAUACGGAGUAAUAGCACCCAUGGAAUUUAUAGUGAAUGCUGCCAUUUACUACGACAUUGCUCACAUGCGAGUUGGUCACACAGAUACAAAUUCCUGUGACAAAAAGCCAGAGAUCUACUACAUGAAAAAGCCUGACGACAAUCGUGGUCGACUAUCGCCAGGAAAAGAUGACAAUUUUCCUGAACUUGUUGGUGACGAUAGCGAGAGUGUCUGCAGCUGCGCUGAGAGAGACGGCGAUGCUUUUCCCAAAGCUUUUGAAAGGGAUCUAGUCACACCCACUAAUUUACAGAGUGAUGAUGGGACUAACUCUACCAAAGAAAAAGAUAAGGAUAAGAAAACUGAAAAAGAGGAAGACAGCAAAGAAGAGCAGACCAUAAUUAACACCACUCAAGGAAGCAGGACCUUGGAAGAACGCCGGCGUUCUAUGCUUGAUCACCAUUGGGCAGUGCCAAGCAAGGAUAGGUCUUGUUCCCUUUCGGUCGAUGAUGAGCAACAGGACUCCUCUGUAGUUAGCAGUUCAGAUAAGAGUGAUCAGCAACAGUCAAAACCGCACGUAAUUCCUGAGGAGGAGGCAUCUCUAGUCAAACAGUCGUGCCAUGAUUCUGGCAUCGACAUCCGCGAUCCAAACCCACCGUUACCUCCGAUACCUGUUGUGCAACCGAUUCAAGCAAAGAAAGUUUAUUCUGAUGCUGAUAUUGUCCUUUCAUCGGACUGGGUACCCCCGAUAACUAUUGCUCCCACCAAUGUGACCAUUACACCAACUGACAGCCUAAUCGCAAUUAAUGGUAGAAAGAAAGCCAGUUCUGUAUCAUUCAGCCUUGAUAGUAACGCCGAGGAUGCAGAUAAAGAUGAUGACCGCAGGGACGACGAUAAGCAAGAAUCCAAGAAAAAUAAAAUGUUAAAACGACUUUCUUACCCUUUGUCAUGGAUGGAGGGCCUAACCGGUGAGAGAGAGGAAGAAAGCGGAAAAUCUGCCACAGACAAAGUAUCAAGCCUUCCAAACAGCGCAGAGGCUCCCCAGUCAAGUGUAUUCAGCAGAGUCUUGAGCUCACCGAUCAAUCUGGUGAGUGACUUUAGCUCGGGUCUCUUCGCCAAAACCCCCAGCGAGGAAAGCGGCUUUGGCAGGGGGGGAGCGACCCCUCCUCUCUCAGCCUCAUCCUAUUCCCACUUCCAAGACAAUGGCAAUGCAUCGUCGCAGUUUUCCCCUGCAGGUUCGGGAGGUUCUGCCGGACGAUCGUCCAUGGGUACUUUUAUCAGACAACAACCUCUCACCUCAUCUGGCAGCAGCAGCAUUGACAGUAGCCGUGGAAGCAAGACUUCAACGGCACCUCCGAGACUGGACUACCGCAGUAUGGUAUCGGUCGAGGAUAUGCCGGAACUGUUUGUCAGUUUUGACAUCCAAGCACCCAAUUUUCCCGAACUCGAAGGCCUCGAAUUGAUUCCGCGGCCGGCCCGAUCCUGUGACGAUCCCCCGCUCUACCUUCGCCUUCGUACUGGACGUCCUAAAGACAAGAGGAUACCACGAUCAACACCGAUCAUGAGUUACGGGAAAAAGAAACUUCGACCAGAAUAUUGGUUCAGUGUACCGCGUAAUCGGGUCGACGACCUUUACCGGUUCAUAAGCGCCUGGGUACCAGCCCUCUACGGCGAACUAGACGAGAAUCUAUGGAGGGAACGGGGUUACAUUCUUUCCGACACCGACACCGAUCUCGCAGCGGAACUUUCGCCGGAGUACUCGCCCCUUCAAGACAGAGAUCUCGCCGAUCUCGCCGAGGCCGGGAAAUCUGGACUCUCAUCAGAUAUCGACGAUAUAUCAGGACGCACCCGUGAAUCAUGGGAGCUGAUCAAGGCCCCCUACGCAAAGCUGUACAGCAUCCUGAAGACGUCGAGCGCAUCGGCCGAUUCGGAGCAGCUGGCUCACGACUCCGAGGCACUGUCCAAGAGCGAGGAGCUCAGACGAGCCUUGUACGCAACCAGUGUUGGAUCCAUUGAUGCAGAUGUGAUUGUACCAGACCUAGUUGGGACCACAGAAAUACUGAGCGAUGAGCACAGAGAACACCUAUGUCGUCAUUUACCAGCUAGGGCUGAGGGCUACCAAUGGAAGCUUGUAUUCAGUACCAGCCUUCACGGCUUCAGUCUGAACAGCAUGUACCGUAAAAUGAAUAAGCUUGAGAGUCCUAUACUGUUGGUGAUCGAGGACACAGGUGGCAACGUAUUUGGAGCAUUGACGUCCUGUUCUCUACACGUAAGUGAUCACUUCUAUGGAACUGGGGAAUCUCUGCUGUUCCGGUUCACACCAAAGUUUCAGGCAUUUAAUUGGACUGGUGACAACCUCUACUUUAUCAAGGGGAAUAACGAGAGUCUUGCUAUUGGUGCUGGAGAUGGGAAAUUCGGGCUCUGGCUAGAUGGUGACUUGUACCAGGGUAGGACACAAUCAUGCAGUACCUAUGGUAAUGAACCCCUCGCACCGCACGAGGACUUUGUUGUCAAAACUCUGGAGUGCUGGGCUUUCGUGUAAGAUAUGCUCGAACCGAUCACCCUCUUGCCUUGAAACUGCGAAUGGCGGUCCGAACUUUUCCGACCUUUGCCGUUGCACACUUAUCUGCACCAUACUGGACAUAGGACUGGAUAGAUACUGGGGUCCAGGAGAAGAGCUCUAAAAACAUUGCUAACUGAUGCACUAGCAAUGUGAUGUAAUAACUGGUGUUCUUCUGUACAGGCAGAGAAUGCAAGAAAUAACCUUGUUGGUAAACAAUUGAACGACAAUAAGUUUGACCCAACGAAACUCCUCGUAAUCGUCGUUGUUGUUCCGUUUCGUGUAAAUUUGAUGGUAAGAAUUAGGGUAACGGAAAUAGAUGUACUCUGAGGAUAAAGAAAGUGGCCAAACAAUUUGAUACAGGAGAGAUGAUGCGCCAAGCUGCUAUUUACCAAACUUUACUUUGUGUUGCGAAUUAGUUGUUAGUUGUUAUUACUCUUUUUCUUUAGUAUUUCCUUCGAUCGUUUUCUCUCUUUGUAUAAUCCUAGUGUAUUUAUGUUUUUUUUUUUUUUUUUUUUAUAUCCUAUAUUUUAAGUAAUUACAUUACUGAUCGUUGAUCCCGCGAUGUGUUGUCUACGAUGUGAUAAUAAGAACACGAUUAAUUGGGAGGGGGGAGGAGGGUUAUGUAAUGGUUCGUUGACGGUUAGAUCUAAUGUUUAUUUGCUGAGAUGCCUGAUAGCAUUUUUUCGUAUAAUGCCAAACAAAUUUUAAGUCUUUAUUAAUUGAAAAUAUUUGAUUCUAAUUCGAUCCAAUUCUAAAAAACAGGCAUAUUUGCACUACAAAUUUUGGCUACUGAGGAUAGAAAACAGAAGAAAUAUGUGAAUUACUUGCCCUUAUAAUCAAGAGAUGAACAUAGCUGAUCACUCUAACAAUGCAGCCUGUAUAAUUCGUUCAGUUCUUUUUCAGUUUCGUUACAUGACGUAUGUCAUCUAACUGGUUACAGGCUGAACUUGUGUGUUUUCAAUAGUCUGAGCACACUGUUCCACCGGUACACUAGGCUAGUAAAUGUUCAUUGAUGUGUAGAUAAUGUAGAUAUUGAGUGUCAGCAGAAAGAAUGUAAGAAACAGGGAAAGAAAGUGGGAUUUGAAAAAAGAGAGGGAGAGAGAAAGAGAUAGAAUAGAUAUAUAAUAUUCAUACAAUAUACCCACAUAUUUGUAUAUGUUAUAUUACGACAUCGUCGUAUCCACGUUCAAUACUACCAAUAAGAUGUAACAUGAAAUAAUAUCAUCGACAGUCGAACACAUCUGGCAUCUAGGGUGUAUAGAAUUAUGUGUAUAAUGCGUACGAAAUAGGAUAGCCUAGUAGCGUCGCCUUGGGUCGUCGUUCGUCAUCGUCUAAGAAGAAACUGCAUAUACACACGCACGCACACACAGUUACUCCCGUGUGUAUGUGUAUAUUUAUAUUAUAUAACACGUCACGCUAUGCGAUCUAUGUUGCAUUGGUUAGUUGUUCGUGAUAUAAGGAAGGAUUUAAUAGGUAAAAAAAAUUACCCCGUAGUGGUGCAAAACUACUUUGCUGUAAUCUGUACGAUCGAGAGUAUCAAUUUGACAAAGAAUCAUGCGUGCCCUACGUUCUUUUCAAGUUUUCUCAUUCUCGUGCCGUUUGUCUAAUGUUUAAAUGCUCUGCCUUUGUGGUGGACUCACAAUUAACGAUGAUUAUAUGUAUACAUAAUUAUGUGUUGUAAUAAACGCGCGAUGUAAUAUGAUACCGUAUACAUAAGUCAUUGUAGUUGAUAAAUUGAGGGAAAAAAUGUAUGAUACAACUGUUUUGUAGGGUAUAUUGUUGAAUUAAAUCGACGUUGCCUAAAUAAUAAAGGUAGAGCUAUUGGGUCGCCAAUUAUCAAGCGAUCUCGCAUAAGAGAAUAUAGCCUUUUGCCUAGCUACUAGCUUGCUAGUUAUAUUGCUAGAUGAUAAUAUGCAUAUAUAUAAACACACACACACACACACACACAAAUUGUAGUCUGUAGAUCGUUCUGCAUUUUGCUUAUUCUUUUGAUGAUGAUGAUAAAGUCGAUGACGAAACGUAUAAAUAGUAUAUUAUAACUGUAUACAACGCGAUAGUACCGAUAAGAUUAUUGUUACAUACAUAUACAUAUAUACACAUAUAAUAUAUAUAUACAUAUAUACAUAAAUAGUUGAUAAAUAUUUAGUAAAUUAACGUAUUUUGUGAUAUUCACAAUAACUAUUGUAAACACUACCGCUUUCAUUGUUAUAAUAUACAUAUUACAUACUACAUGAUAGGCAUUUCAAACGAGACUCAAUACUUAUUUUUAUUUAAUUUGAAAGAAAUUGAGAAAAUACAUUAUGAUCGAGUACAAAUGCUAAUCGAGGGAUCUUAACUCAUUAUUUUAAUUCGUAAUUUUUAUUCUUCACCUUCAGUACAUGGAUGAUCAUUUUAAUAAUAAAUUGUAUCCCGAGUUGAAGAUUUUUUUUCGCGAAACAACCAACGUUAAAAUUAUCAGUUACAUUUCGCAUUUUCAUUGGGCAGUUAUUAAUUCUUUGGUGUGUAGCAAAACGGUUUAUCGGUUUUCUGGGAAACUUAUCACAGUGAAUACCUAAUCAAAAUUGACUAGUUCUAGAUAAUUAUGGAUCUCAUUAACGUUCAGGCUGUUACUUUAACGGGCUGUACUGAAAUUACAUAACGCAUUUAAGUUUGCUUUUUUUACCUCAACCCCCUUCACACAACAGACCAUAACAAAAUAUUAAACUCCCCCUGCCUCCUAUAUUGUACGUAAUUUUUUGAUCCUUGCAAAUUUAUGGUCAUCUUCACGCAAACUCCUAUAUUGAGUUGACUUGUCUUAUGCCAAGAAGCGCUACUGUCAGGAUAUUAACAGAUUUGCCAUAGACGAACUCUGGCUUGCCAAAUUUUUUUACAAAAUUUUUGCAAUCACCAAACUUUUAUUUCUAUUUAGAUAAAUUAUGUCAUAAACUGGUUUGACUCCCUCUGCCUCUCAAAUUGUUACGUAAUUUAAGUACGGCCCCUAACAAAAAAGAGGAAUAUAAUGGGUGGACGUGGUAAUCAAUCCCUAACUUCGAUUUCACCCGUAAUCGACAGAGAGUUUCAAGGAAUACGUCUGAGCCCAAUAUAAUUUACUCAAUCGUGAUGGUACUAAUAUUACUUCAAAGUCGUUUUAUCUUCCUUUGCCUUAUUGUUAUUUUCGUCUUUUGUAGAUGUUAUUAGAAAGCAUUGUUUCGCUCCGGGCUUGACAGGAACUCUGUUGCUGCUCCGUUGACACUACACGCAUUGUGGCUAGAGCAUUUGUAUAGGAAACAGGUUUUUGAAAAUUGUCAAUUAACAGUACGCAUAAAGUACGAAUCAGACUGACUUCAGGGAUUGAUAAGUCGAUUGCAGCUAUCUUAUUAUAUACAAUAUCGUAUUAAUUUAUUCCAUAAAAUCGCAGUUGUAUACUAGGCAGACGAUAUAAAAUCUUGGAAUCAAA